AACAGAUUGUAAUUCUAGCAAAAGAUAAAUACAAUCUCAUAAAUGCGAAAAGAUCAAAAAACAUCGACAACGGCAGGAUUCGAACCUACGCGUGCGAACACAAUGCCUAUGAUGUCUCGGAAGAGAUAGCAGGGCAUCGCCUUAACCACUCGGCCACGUUGUCUGAGCUUUCUGAUUAUGUCAGACGGUUUCAAUCUUUGCCCUAUGUACUAUAUUUUCACUCAGGUUAAUGUCGCUUUGAUCUGCAGAACGAGAAAUGUUCUUGAUAAUAUCAAGACAUCAGUUUGUCACAUCACUAUUUAUCCAGCACUGGUCUGCGUCAACUUCUUAGGCAUGACUCAGGUACCGAGAUGACGGCAUGGGCCCAUCCCGUCACUUUACAGAUUUCUUUUUGUGUUGCAUUCAUUACAUAAUGAUCUUCGAUUAACAGCUCAUCCACAGCCUCCGGCAGCAGUUGGAGGUCGCUCAGCAUUCAGACUCACUCACAUGACAAGAUUCACCUUCACAAUUGAGAGUUUGUCUGACAUUGAUAGAGUUCAUGUAUUCCUCUUGAUAAUGCAAUCAAUGUCUACAUAGUCGAGGCAGGAGAACAAUUCUCUCUGGGCUCGGACCGCCCGGCUCAGCUCGGAUCAGCCCCACGAGCGGAUCUUCAUCCUUCGUUUCACUAUUUAACUUUUCCUG